UAGGCGCAUAGUGCAAAAGUUGAAUUUAAUUGCGUUUUCGAGACAAAGUCGUGUAUUUUGAUAGCAUUUUUCCAGCAGUUUCUCGUUAGGAUAACCUUCAUUUACAAGGUUUAUCAGUGCUGGAGCAGUCUUUUACCACCGUAGUGAAGCCCUGAAAGAAACAGCAAACCAGCGAAAACCCUCCCCACAGCAGGCCAACUUGGAUGAUUCGAUCAGAAGCCUCGCACUGCUAAUUAAGUUGACGUCAUUAUAUACAGCCCGCUGGAUGUUUGCAAACUGGUUUUAAUUCGCCGCAUUCUUAUUAGCUAGUCACGAUGACGCGCGUUAAGGUCCUGUACGAUUUCAGUGGCGAACCGAACUCAUCGGAGAUCUCGAUCACGGUGGACGAAGUGUUAACCGUCACAAAUACGGACGUUGGUGAAGGAUGGUGGGAGGGUAUGAAUUCUCGCGGCCAGCGCGGCCUCUUUCCAGCGGCGUACGUGGAAACAAUACCGGAGGCACCAUCGUUGCCAUCCGGACCGCCGAAAAUGCCUCCACCACCAGCCGUUAUGACGGCACAGUCGACGGGUGUAUCCAAAUCCGGCUCACAGCAAGCACUCGGUAGCGGCAAUCGGUACGAUCAGACAGCGGACGAUUGGGGUGAGCAGCAGGACGAUUGGGACGACGAUUGGGAUGACGAUAAUGAUACGUAUUCGGAAAUUGGACCCGGUUCUAGUGCAGCCGGACGAACCAAUGGCCAGAGCCAAUCCUAUCAGCAGCAGCAGCCGAAUGUAGCUUCCAGCUACUACGCCAACGCUAACUUGCCUGCACCACCGGCAUCCGACGGUGACAAUAUGUCGCUCGCAUCAGUAGCAACCACGGUUGGUGGUGGCCGGGCUCGCGGUGCCGGUACGGGCAAAAUUUUCACCAAAUCCGGUGACAACUAUUUGAUCGGAAUGCCGGUACCGGAUGUGUCGGAAGCGGACCGUGUGCACGUGCUGCUGAUGGAUCAUGGUAUCGUGUGGAAGCCAAGGCGCGACUCGUACACCGUAUCGGUCGAUUCUCCCAAGAAGGAGAAAAAAUUCAACGGUCUAAAAAGCUUCAUCGCUUAUCAGCUAACGCCGUCGUUUAACCAUAUUCCAGUUGCACGCCGUUACAAGCACUUUGACUGGCUGCACGAGCGAUUGGUUGAGAAGUUUUGUCUGAUUCCGAUUCCGCCGCUACCGGACAAGCAGAUAUCGGGUCGAUACGAUGAGGAAUUCGUCGAGCAUCGCCGGAUACAGCUGCAGGAGUUUGUCGACUGGGUGUGUCGACAUCCGGUACUGUCGACGUGCGGUGUCUGGAUGCAUUUCCUUACCUGUACAGACGAGAAGAAAUGGAAGACGGGCAAACGAACUGCUGAAAAAGAUCCACUAGUCGGUACGAUGUUCUGUGCGUCCGUGUUUCCGCCGGAAAAGACGCUGUUGCAAUCGCUGGUCGAACCACAGGUGGAAUCUGCCGGACAGUUUGUGCCGCAGAUGGAUGCGGCUGUGAAGACACUGUUUGCGAUCUGUGGUGAUCAGUCGAAAAAGUUCCAGGUCCAAUGGAAGAAAGAGUACCAGCGCAUUGGUGAAGGAUUUUCCGAGCUUGCCCGUGCGCUUGGGGUAGACGAACGACGCGCCGCUACGCAGCUAAGUAUGUCGAAUUCGGUCGGACAGGCGGCCGGUGUGUUUAUUAGCAUCGGGCAACUGUUCGGCGAGCAGCCAAAGCAUGACUUUAUACCAUUCUCGGACCGGCUACACAUUUACCGCGGCCUGUUAGCUGGGUGGCCCGAUACGCUCGGAGAGUACCGGAACGCGGUCCAGAAGCGUAAGGAUUGUGAGCGUUUGACGGCGGAACAGAAAAUGGAGAAUGGACAGAUGCAAGAGGUGACCCGUCGCGUUGACGUGAUGUCGUACGCAUUACUAGCCGAGAUGUCGCACUUCCGGGAGGAGCGCGAUACUCACCUGAAGGACACGAUACGCAACUUUAUAGGGGCACAGAUUGAAUUUUACAAAUCGAUCGUGCAUAAGCUCGAACAGGCGCAAACACACUUCUAAGGACGGUUUCGGUUGGGAAGGUUGAACUGUUCGCAGAUGCAAACAAUGCAAACACGAGAGUGCCUUGAGAGCGUUGAACUAACCAAAACACAGCUGCAAACACGGAUUAACAAACGGACAUAGACGCGUUUAAUCGCUGCAUUCCAGAAUUAGCUAGCGUUUAACGUAAGCAACGAACAAACAGAGAACCGAUUUUUUUUUUCUAGUAUAUACUACCAGAAAUCUGUU